AUGAGCUACUACCUGUUGGAGUCGCCAUUCAUCUCCUUUCGUGAAGCCACUGCGGACCACAAAAUUGGCGAGGACACCAGCCCGUUUCUCCCCGCCCAUCGUACCGUCUUUAGGAGCCGAUACAGUGCCAGUCUGCUCAAUGCUGUCGAGGUGAACCUAGUCAGGGGUCGAAAGCAGCGAGCUUCUUCAGUCGAAAGGGCUGCAAGUAGCAAAAAGCCGAGACAAGAGCGGGAGACGAGCGAGCAGCGAGUGGGCAGCGAGGACGAGUGCGGAAUUGAGCUCGGUCGAGGGACGUCGACCUCGUCCUCUAGCCAACAUGUGCCGGGCUCAGUCGAAGGCAUCGACAUCGAGAAAGAGGGCGAAGGCGAGGCAACAGAGGACUCUGAAGACGACGGCGAGGUUGAAGAUCUGUUGCGGGCUUCCCCGAGCACAAACAACGUCAUUCGUGCACGCCUCAUGGGCGUUCCCCUAGAGGGCGGGGGCGUACGCUUCUCGGUAGAGGAAGGUGUACGACGGAGCCGAAGCCGCAAUCACCUGGACACCCUCGUCGCAUACCUCGUCGCCUACCUCGUCCGGGAAACGUCGCCCAGUCGAAAUGAGCUGCUCUGCCAGCGCGACCUUGCUCGAGUCAUUGUGGCAGGGGGUCAUAUGGGCGCCAUGCUAGCAACAGUGGCUGUCUGGGAGCCGCGGAUCUGGUCAUCCAUGUCGAAGACGCCAUUUGUCGAGUUCCUCGCUGGGCGUGAAGUGGCAAAGAAACUGGGCACCCGUAUGCAUCGACCUCUCAAUCGCAGAGAGCAAAGCUGCCUUGCCAAGCUCCGCCGACUCUUUCUCUCUCUUCUCUUGGAUCUGGACGACGCCUGUUCUAGCCUGUCACUCUCCAACGAUGAAGCCAGCCUGGACAUGGCCCUCUUGAUGGCUCUCUAUCAGAAGAAAGGCUCAGAAGCCCCAGCAUCAGGCUCCGUCGAAUGGGUUGACAGCGCCACUGAGCCUUACGCCAAUCGUGCGUUUGAACAUCGCUUCCACGGCGACAGACGGCAGGUCGUCAUUCUGACGAGCAAAGAAGCACACCAAGAAGCAAGAAAGGGCAGCGAAGCAAUUGCGGCUCUUUCGACGCCGUCGCCGCUCUUUUCACCUGACCGAGGUUCGGCAGCCCUUCCAUCUAUCCCUCUCUUUCCCUGCGCAAAGACAAAGGCGUCUGCAGCAAAUUUCCGUGCCAACCCCGCCUACCCGAUCGAUGAUGAGCCGAGCGCAACGUGGCCGCGGGCCCUCAAGACGGUGGCCAAUGACGCACUGCGGGCAGUGGUAGACCGCCUCUGGCUUCAGCAACGGGCGCUGGCCGAGGCCAUCUUGGCAAAGGAAGAGGCAGAGUUGGAGACAGACGCCCUGAGUGCCAAGCUGGAGGAAGCAAACAUCAAGGAGGAAACGCUGCGCAGUCGACUGCACACAGUCAGCAACACCUGCGAGGAUCUCGAGGAGGCGAAGCGCGUUGCCGAGAAGAGAAAGCACGAGGCGGGAGCAUCGAGGUCAAGGGCCAAAGAGAGGGUAAAGAAGUUUUCCGAAGGAGCGAAGCACUUGGCCGCAUUGCGAUCGGACUCUUCUGUGUAA